CGUAGUGGUGCCGCCAGAAGGAAGACUUAUAGAAAAUGGCGAGCCUGUGUAAAAGGCAGCAAUGCACAAUCGACAGAUACAGCAUUCGGAAGGAACUUGACUCGUGGCCACACAAACUCAUUCAAUGUGUAGGUUUUGAGAGCAUUCUCGAAGGUCUUUUUGGUUCAGCGCUGGUAGAGGACCUGAAAUUAUUUAAGGACUUUGAGCCUGUAGCAGUGUCUGAUUGGUCAUUUGAUGAAAACUGUCCCUUUUGCUGUCUGAGAAGAGACAAAGUCAAAGAACAUUUAAUUGACUUAAACAACAAGGGGCUGGAAGAUACAUCGAAACCUCUACUGGUUAAAGAUCAAAUCACAAUCCACAGACUAGAGAAACAGGCGGAGGAAUUUCUCAAUGCAGUCCUCUGCAGAAAAGAUGUGCCAAAUUUCUCAGACCCACAAAUUCCAGUAGUGGCUCGAGAGAUUCUUCAGAAAAUGAUCAGACAGUUUGCUGCUGAAUAUACCUCAAAAACCAGCUCCCCUCAGGUCAGUUGCUCAGAUUCCCAGCCUCACUCUGACCAAAGCCUGUCGACCCCACCUUUGCUCUCAGGAGCUCCUCCUGCUACAAGUCCUGCUGCCACACUGGCUGGGCCAGCACACAACCAGAACCCCGUCCUAAGCAAGCUUCUAAUGGCUGAUCAGGAUGCACCUCUUGACCUCACCAUCAAGAAGCCCGUGGCUGAGCCCAGUGAGCAAGAUGGAGUUCUUGAUUUAUCUAUCAAAAAGAAAAGCUAUAGCAGCAGCCUGCCUGCCAAUAGUCCCUGCCUUUCUCCGGCCACAACCAUGCUGAAGGGUGAGUCUCCGGACCGCCGUCUCGCAAAGGCUAAAGACCUGCAGUCCACCUCCACUCUGGAACAGUUCAUGGCCAAGCUCUGCCCCCACCAUCAGAGACAGAUAGUAGAUGCCAUAGGUUUUCUACAGACGGAGAUCAAAGCACUUGAAUCCUCCAGUACACAUAAAGCCUCUAACUGUACCUCUGCUGUCAAGGGAACUUCUUGUUCCACUGCAAAAUCCAGUGCAGUGACUCCUGAGAAGUCACACCCUGAGAUAAGGUUUCCCAGUGAAGUCACUUCCAAGCCAGAAGUCCCAGGCAGUUGUGCAAUGAAAAAUGUUCCAGAAAAUGCUGUGCCGCUGAAGUCGUCUAUAACCCCUAGCACUGUUUCGGAUCUUCCCAGCCCUGGGUCAGGGAGUAACCAGGCUUCGGUGACCCCCAUUGCUCAUCCAGUAGAUGCAGAGAACAACCGUCAUGGUGAUCAUGCACCUCUUAAGAUCAAAAUUAUGACCUCUAAUGAUGCUGCUGGUAAGAAGCUGUGUGUGCUCAGUCCCACUGUUUCUACUCACUCUGACACUUUGGAGGAGAGACAGAACUCUGAUUCAUCCAACAGAACAGAGACUCAGACUGCCAGACUGAGCUCUUCUGUGAAAAGACAUAAUCAGGGUCUUGAAGCUAGGCAGAGGGUAACUAUUGGACAUCCCAAAGAUACACCAGCAAAACUGUUUCCCGUCAACAGUUCUUCAGACUCUGUGCGGACGGCCAGGAAGACCAUCAGGUCGUCCUCUGAUCAUUGGACCAAGGACUCUCCAUCUAAAGGAAUAGUUGACCCUGAUCUUGGCCACUGUGACAUUGUUUUUAUUGACAAAUCAAUUACAGAGUGUGUUAAGGAGCCGCGGCACAGCAUGGUACCACGCCGAAAUGCCAGAAAAAGCACCAGAGGACAUAUGUGGGUGGGGCCAGAUGAAAUCUGGGAGUUAAAAACUGUUCGUACUUUGGCUGGAAGGGGUAACUGUCCUAACCCAAUGCCAAAGCUGACACCAUUGGUCACUCCAAAGCAAAUACUUUCAAAGCCUGAAGGUGUGCCACCUGUGGAUAUGCCUUUUGUUGGAUCAUGCACGGAGACAAUAAAUCAACAAAUGCCUACAGAGGAGACCGAUGAUAGUGUGAUACCAGGCACAGAGGAUAUCAUAGAGGUAGCAGCCAGUAGAGUAGAUAUUAUAGUUGAAACUAGUCAGACAGAUCAGUGUCAGAGCAAGGGGCAGUCUAGUCCUUCAUCUCCAUUAAGGACCCCAACAGAGAGCCAAGAAACCGUUAAGGACACAGAAGUAGAACAGGAUGCAGUUGCAGAUGUAGGGAUGACUACAGGAAGUGACGAAAGUGUUGAUCAUGCUACAAAUGAAGCAAUAAAAGAAACUGAACCAGAGCCUCAAGAGGAAAUGCAUGAAAGUACAGAGGAGACAGUGGCAGAAACAGCCCUCGAGCCAUUAGAGAAAAAUACCAUAGAAGAACCAGAGUCCCAGAUUUCAUCAGAUAAACUGCACAGUAGUGAACCCGUUCCCCAGCAGAAUAGCAUCACAUUACCCGUGAAUAAAGGUGACGAAGGUAAAAAGGAAAUAAUGCCAGAUGAGCAACCUCAGGAACUUCAGCUAGAGACACGAAUACACAAUGAGAACUGUGAAGGGACAGAUAGCGCUAAUACCACAGGUUCAAUAGAGGAGAUGAUGACGAAAGAGACAGAAAUCGAAACACCUGAAGCAGUUGAAAGUGUUAUGCCUUUAGAGAGAGAAAAUGGUAAUGAUAGUGACUAUGAUGUGUCCUCAAAGUCACUUGACGCACUCUUGAAGGAGUUGCCACCUUGGCGUAGGAAAAAAGGUAGCAAACCUUCAGCAACAAAGCCGCUGAAGCAGACAGAAGUGGUGAUAGUGGGUCACGUUAAUGGAAGACCCGUAUCUGCCUCUGACAGAAAAUUGCGUCGUAGACCAGGUAACGCCACGUCACCUUGUAAAGCUGCUGCAAAAUCGAGUCAGAAUGCAUCCAACAAUAGUUUUGAGGUAACUAUUGUCUCUACCGCUAAUGAAAAGAAUAUGAAGAAGCCGUUACCUGAAACAUGCAUACCUAAAGACUCAAUUGAGACUGCUCCUGUCAUUGAGCAGGUGACGGAACCCCCUUCUGACACACAGUCAAGCCCAAAUUCAAAGCCUAAACAAAUCCAGAAACAAAAGACAGUCCUAAAAGAUGAUCAGCCUACCGAUGAUCCUCAAAACCCUGAGCCCAAACGUCAGCUUAGAUCUGCAAACCAGAAGCCACCUGAAACUCCAGUAUCGAAUUCCAUUUCAAAUCCUGUCACUCCCAUUUCAUCUCCAGAAGCACCCCCUGAGCAGCUUCUUUCCCUCCCUCUUCCUUGUCCACUUGCUGUUCCUGCAUCUCCUCUAAACGAGUCAUGUGAUCCUCCAACCUCUGAACUGUCUCAACCAAACACAGUAACCGAAACUGUGGAAUUAAACACUGAAAAUACUGAACCAGUAGAGACUCCAUCUGAAGAAAUGGAGACGAAUGUUGAAGAGCAAAGACUGCAGGCCAGGCAGAAACUAAGAUCUGCCAAGGUUGUAGCAGAUGACAGUAAGAAAGUGCAACUUAGCGGUGAGGUAUCAAGUCCUGUAAAGGCAGAAUUGCAAACACAGAUUAUGCCAUUAAGAAGUAAACGGGUUCUUCAAAAGAACACAGCAAGCAAUGUUGAUGUGCAGCCAAAUGUAGCAGCUUUAGAAGACGGGUCUGUAGAAGAUAAUGAUUCAUCUGUAACAGAAAGAAGAAUGCCAUUAAGGAGUGAUGAGACCAGUAAGGCUGAAGUAGCCUUGCAGUCUGUUACUCAGUUGCCACAAGUGGACAACAAAAAAUUAGCAUUAAGAUCACAAAGACUUAUCCCUGUCCCCUCUACUAGUGCUUAUACUGUAGCCACAAGACAAAAUGAUGUAGCUUCUCCUGUCAGAAUAAUGCCAGAAAGAAUAACUAAAGCUCAGGUGAGGUCCCCCUCUGGGUCUGUUGCAUCCGUGUCCCACAGUUCACACGGCCCUAUCAUUACUCCUAGGCACGAGCCCCCGAAACCAACGACUAACAAAUUCUUUGAGACUUUGACCACAGAAGAAAGCCAACAGCUAAUAACAAAUCUGAAUAUUAAAUAUGAUAAAAUGCAAAAAGGUUGGGUGCAAAUGGAUAAGGAGGGUCAGCCAGCAGCAAAAUACAAAAACAAAGCAGACCGGCAGGCAGCUAUAUGGAAAAGUAAGCGCAGGGCACGAAAACCAAAAUCUGCAGAGCAUCAGAAAUACUCGCCAGUCCAAAUGCUUUUUAUGAAAGGUUUUAAUCUCUCCAACAUUUGUCGCUGGUUCCUUGAAUCAACGGAAACAAAAUCUCUUGUCAUCGUCAAGAAGGUGACCACACGUCUUCCAUCAGAAAGUCAGCUGUGCUUCCACAACUCAAGUGCAGCAGGGACGUCUCAGGGUGUAUUUCCAAGCGUACAGGCAGAGCGCUUAAAGAAGCAUUUGAAAAAGUUCGCCAUUGCCUCCCCUGUAAAGAGCAACCCCAGGAGUCAGAAGCUGAUUGCUAGAGCACUGGAACAAGAAGCAAAUGCAGUCAAAGGGAAAGAGAGAGGAGAUCUCUCCAGUAGUUCUCAGAAUUUGACAAAGUACUCCUCUGCCAAAGCUUCUGCUCAGAUAAGUGAAUCCCAGAAAUCCUCUGGAAAAUCAAAGAAUCCAGCUAGUGCAAGGAUCCUGAGGAAAUAUUCUAAUAUUAGAGAGAAGAUGCAGGUUCAGCAAACUACUAGUAGACUGAAAAAGGCAUCAAAAAUAUUAAAAACCCGCAAGAUUAAAAGACUUGCCACCACAAAGUCGUCCUCCAAGUCAAAUCUGAAGCAGUCUCUUAAGGCACGGAAAUCAGCAUUACCUGUCAGCAAACGAAUGAAGGAGUCAUCGGCAAAAAUGGAGAGACGAAAAAUAUUGGCUAACAAAAAAACGAAGCAAACUGUAAAAUAUAAAGCAGUGAGGGCUCAGAGCAGUGGUAGAGCUUCAAGAGAUACAAGUAAGAAAGAGUUGCCUAAGAGAUGUUCUCAGAGACUUGGGUCUCCUAAAAUAGCCGAACAUAACCCCGUCGACACACCUAAAGGCAAAGCGGACAACAAAAGGCACACUGAAGCAAAUUCUGCAAAAAUCCAGUCGAGGGAGUCGUCACAGAGUACACCUACUGAGGUCAAAGAUGCAGAGAAUGCUGCUGAAACCCCACAGCAGAGCACGGACGUCAAGGUGCCAACCUCACCUGACCAGGUGCUAACAAGAUCCCAGAGAAAAAUGGAGGCAGCUCUCCCUGCGAGCGGGAGCCCCAGUCAUGUUUCAAAGAGGGCCGCGAAGUCCUCGACAACACAGAAUGCGUCUCCCAGAUCAGUUAGGAAAACUGAUGAACCUACACUGACAAGAAGCGGAGCUUUAAAGUCUCCGGUAAAAAGAAGUCCACGCAGUGCAACAAAACUGGCAACCAAGAGGGCUCUGGAGCUUGCAGACACCCCAGCGAAGCGCACAAGGACAUCACUCUCAAAAUAAGAUUGAUGCAGAGAGACAGAGAGAGAGAGAUCAUCUUUAUUUAGAGGAUUUGCCUCUUUAUUAUCUUUUAUCUGGAAUAUACUCCGAAGGACCAAACCCAGUCUAUUUUGUGUACUCAUCAAACUCUUCAGAGAAUACCUUUUUCAGUAGGUAAAUGUGAGAAAGGAACACAUUUUGGAAUUUGUUUAUGGUUCAGUGUGAAAAUGCAAAUGUGACGUAUUGUUCAGAUUUCGGUUUGCGUUUUUAGGACUGAAAAGCAGUCCUGCGUGAUGUCUGGCAGUUGUAGUUGCCGUUUGGCUUUAUGUUUCAGCGCUCUUGACACGGCUGGAGAUGACAACGGCCUAACAAAUGUUUUCAGAGUUAGGAGAACAAGCGUCGAGCUUGAAUUUGUUCACAGUCCUUUUGUUCCCUUUUUUUCUCCUUUGCUGUUUUUGUAUAUAAUUAUCGUUUUAGAUGAUAGCAUGCACUGCGUUUAAGCUUCCUAUGUAAGUUGGCAGUUUGUAUCUCCAGCCUGUGUUCAAAUCACAACAGUGUGAAUAUGUGACUGCUGUGACCAGGUGCCUUAUUUAUGAAGUGUAAUGUAAUAGAAUGUGUUGCUAAAUGUGAAAUCUCCUGUCCUCUGCUUGUAACAGCUUUCAGUUCCCAGAGAGGCAGCCAGCAUUAAUUUGCUACACACAGUGUGUGCAAACUGUUUCCGUUCCGCACAGUAUGUGCUUCACACUUCAUCUGCAAAUUCUCACGUUGAUUAAGGCGUUCAGAUUUUCAUACUCCUCUCCCUCCUGAGAUUUAUUUUGUGCCCAUUGUCCCACAGCAUUAACAUAAAAUUAUUCUUAUUAUAGUUGUAUUAGAUGUUGAGAUCUGAAUUGUUAAGAGACAUGCGUGUUAUAUAUGUGUCAUGACAAAAGUUUGUAACUUUUUUUUUUUUUAAUGUUGUUUGAGGUAGGUUUCGUCACUAUGUACCUCCACGGUCACUUUUGACAAUUGCACCCAGUGUUACCUGCACAUUCUGGUGACUUUUGAGUAUUUUACCUGCUUCUGCAUGUGGUUAUUCUUGUUAAUGUUUAGUCCGUUUCAUAAUGCAGCCAUGAAACCUCCCAUUAAUAUUUAUGCCCCUACUAAAAGCUGUACUGUAAAACUAUGGGAGAUGAUUUGGGAAUUCUAGCUUAUUUGUCAAAAUUCCUCCAAACAAAGGCCUGAACAGUUUGUGUAUUUAAUUGGUAAGUAUGUAUGAAAAUAAUUGCCUCUCGGCCGUUACUGUUGCAUUAUUCGUGUUUCACAAGCUGGAUCUAAAAUAUUUGGGGUUGCUUGAGUCCCUUUCUGAGUUGUGCAUUCAAGUGUUUGGCAGUUUUACUUUUUAUGUUCUCUUUUUUUUCCCAUUUCUUUGUUUUAUUUUCACUGACAGUUAGAUGUUCUCAUAAUGUGAAGUUCUUUUACUUCCAUCAUAGUAACUUACCUUAGUGUAUUGUCAAAGGAAAAAAUACCAUUUUAGCACAGUUUUAUUAUUAUAAUAAUUAUUAUGAUCAUUUUCUUUAAGAGGAUAAAUCAUCUGUAAAUGCAAAACAGCUCUACCAUGUUUUUAUUGUUAUUUAAGAACUCCAUUUAGGCUAAUGAAUUUAGCAAAUGUAAAACAGCCCACCAAAUACCAGACUUGAACAUGUUUAUUCUUUACAGUUGCUAUUUAAAGAUUUUCAUUUUGUAUAUUAGAAAGAAAUACCUGCUUUAUUUGUGGUAAUCCCAAGAAUGAUACAUCUUUAUGUUAAGAACUUUGUAUUUUUGCUGGAGUUGAUAUAAAGAUGUUUGAAUUUUA